GUGUGGCAGAACUUUGUGCUGAUGAGACAAUAGUGGAGCGUGUGCGUUUCCUACAGGGCAGACCAUUCCCGGGCUGGGGGAAGUCUCGGGCCUGCUCAGGCCCUGGUCGCCGGGUCCCCUUCUCUGCACGGUGCAGUCCCUCCGAGCCUUGCUGGCGCCUGGGCCCCCACGGGGCCGGUGCGUCCCGGGCGCGCGCGCGGCGCGCGGAGGGGGGCCGGGCGCGUGGCGGGUCCCGCGCGUCCUCGCGCGUCCCCCGCGCCAGGGCGCAGCUGGCGCGGUCGGUCUAGAGCAGCGCUCGGCUCCGCGCCGCGGGCGCUCUGCUUCACCUUCAGAUGCGCGGGGCGUGCGCGUCCUCCUCCUGGGCCCGCCGCCUCCCCGCCAAGGUCCUCCAGCUGCCCUGGUUCCUGUGCUAGUCCUCAGCUGCCCCAUGCAGGCGUGGCCUCCCGUAUGCUGCUACUCCAGGUGCUUGCUGCAUCUGCCACGCCACAGAAUAUGCACCUACUCAUCACAAGCACCUCUCUCCCCUCUGGGCAGCAGGAACCUCUCUAAAAAUGGAGAGAUAAGACACUUCAGGCCCCUACGACACAAGGCUGUGCUGGGAUCGCACCGUCCUAAUGGACCGCAGCAGAGAGGCUGAGAUGGAGCUGAGGAGAGGCCCCAGCCCACCUCGGGCAGGCAGGAGCCACGAAGUGGCUGGGGACAAGGCUGCCUGCCACAGCUGUUGCAUCUGUGGCAAGAGCUUUCCUUUCCAGAGCUCCCUGUCACAGCACAUGCGCAAGCACACGGGAGAGAAGCCCUACAAGUGUCCCUACUGCGAUCACAGGGCUUCCCAGAAGGGCAACCUCAAGAUUCACAUUCGCAGCCACCGGACAGGGACUUUGAUUCAGGGGCAUGAGCCAGAGGCAGGAGAGGCUCAACUGGGUGAGAUGCGUGUCUCUGAGGGCCUGGAUGGCUGUGCCAGCCCUACUAAGAGCACCUCUGCCUGCAACCGCGUGCUGAAUGGGGCCGUGCCCAUGGACGGCAGCAAGAUUCUGCUCAGGAGCAGCCGCAAGGAGGUAGAGGGUGCAGCCAGCGCCCAGGACGCCACGGAGGCCACGGUGCCGUGCUCCUUCUGUAAGAGCCGCUUUGAGCGUAAGAAGGACUUGGAGUUGCACGUGCACCAGGCCCACAAGCCCUUUAAGUGCAGGCUGUGCAGCUAUGUCACCCUGCGGGAGGAGUCUCUGCUCAGCCACAUUGAGAGGGACCAUAUCACCGCACAGGUGCCCAACGGCAGCGAGGCCUGUGUGGAGAACGGCAAACCUGACCUGAGCCCUGGGGAGUUCCCCUGCGAGGUGUGCGGCCAGGCCUUCAGCCAGACCUGGUUCCUCAAGGCACACAUGAAGAAACACCGGGGCUCCUUUGACCAUGGCUGCCACAUCUGCGGCCGGAGAUUCAAAGAGCCUUGGUUCCUCAAGAACCAUAUGAAGGCGCACGGGCCCAAGGCAGGAAGCAAGAACAGACCGAAGAGUGAGCUGGAUCCCAUCGCCACCAUCAACAAUGUGGUGCAGGAGGAAGUCAUUGUCGCUGGCCUGUCCCUCUAUGAGGUCUGCACAAAGUGCGGGAACCUGUUUACAAACCUGGACAGCUUGAAUGCCCACAACGCCAUACACCGUAAGGUCGAAGCCAGCCGGAUCCGAGCCCCGGCUGCGCAGGGGGACCCGGAGGACCCCCUGGACAAUAAGCAGUUCUUCUUACAGUGCCUGAACCUGACACCAUAUGUGGCUGGUGAUGUGUCCCCCAGUGGACAGGCUGGGCGGCGGGUGGCCGAGUUGGACCCUGUCAACAGCUAUCAGGCCUGGCAGCUAGCCACCCGGGGUAAGGUGGCUGAGCCGGCCGAGUACCUCAAGUACGGGGCCUGGGACGAGGCGCUGGCAGGGGACGUAGCCUUUGACAAGGACAAGCGUGAGUAUAUACUGGUGAGCCAGGAAAAGCGCAAGCGUGAACAGGAUGCUCCUUCUACCCAGGCUCCCCCGAGGAAGAGGGCCAGUGUGCCUGGGGACCCCAUGCUCGCUGGCCACCUUGAGCCCCGGCCAGCUGCGCGCCCCAACCGCAGGGCUGCAGCCACCACCGGCCAGGGCAAGUCCUCUGAGUGCUUCGAGUGCGGCAAGAUCUUCCGCACCUACCACCAGAUGGUGCUCCACUCCCGCGUGCACCGCCGUGCACGCCGCGACAGGGAUCCUGAAGGGGACAGGGCGGUCCGUGCCCGGUGCGGUUCACUCAGCGAGGGUGAUUCGGCUUCCCAACCAAGCAGUCCUGGCUCAGCCUGCGCCAUUGCUGACUCCCCUGGCCUGGCUGAAGAAGCGGUGGAUGACAGUGGUGAGGAGGCUGUGUCUGAACCUGCAUCAGGGGGCCAGCCACACCACUGCUGCUCUUCUGAAGAGGUAGCACCCACCAUGCUCUCCAAUGGAGACCAGAGUCACAAACUUGGAAAUGACCUGCCAGAGAAAGACGUCAGCGAGCCCAAGGUGGGGACUGCCACGUCCACGCCGCCGCCUGUGUCCAUACUUGAAAACAGCAGCAGAGAGCCCGCCAAGGGUCCAGAGCAGCAUAGAUAUUCUCUUGACUUAAAGAUGCCAGCAUUUCACCCCAAGCAGGAGGUGCCCAGCACUACUGACCGGGUGGACUUCCCUCCGAGCGUGGACAUACCUAGCCUACAGCACCCCUCGGACAGCCAGGCUGGGCUUUGUAAAGAGAAGCUGUCCGAUUUGCACAAGGAGCACUGUGGGGCAGGGAAGCGGGCAUCUGCCCCUGACCUGGUCCCACUGGACUUGAGCAUGAGGUCGAACCGGGAUGACCCCAGCAGUAAAGACGCCUGCUCCCUGCAGGCGGCCCUGGUCAUUCACCCGUGUCCUUACUGUAACCACAAGACCUACUACCCCGAGGUCCUGUGGAUGCACAAACGCAUCUGGCAUAGGGUCAGCUGCAGCUCUGCAGCUCCUCCUUGGACUCAGCCUAGUGGCCACAAGAGCAUUCGCAGCAACCUGGUUUUCCUUGCUCGCAGUGGGCGCACAGGCCCUCCGCCUGCUCUUGGGGGCAAGGAGUGCCAGCCCCUGCUCCUUUCUCGCUUUGCCCGCACCCAGGUGCCAGGUGGGGUGCCAGGAUCAAAGGGCAGCUCUUCUCCCCUUGGGGUGACCACGAAAGCCGCUAGCAUGCCCAAGAGUAAGGACGGCCAUUCUGGGGGCCCCUGUGCUCUGUGGGCCUCUGGCCCCGAUGGGUAUCGACAGACCAGAGCGGGCCAUGGCCAGGAGCCGCCCAGUGCUGCAGUGCCGGGGCCCCUGGCCAAACCCAAACAGGAGACCAGCUCCAGGUUGGCACCUUCCCCAGGCAGUGGGGGCCUCAGCAGAAGUGCCACCCCCACACCCUCAGUUAUAACCCGUGUUGGCGCCCAGCCCUCAGCCAAUAGCAAACCAGCUGAGAAACUCGGGGUCCCGGCAGUGGGGACUGGCUUUACCCCUCCAAAUAAGCACAGUGCCCCAGACUCUCUGAAAGCCAAAUUCAGUCCUCAGCCUCAGGGUCAGCCUCCCUCGAAAGGCGAAGGAGGCUCUCCUCUACCUCCCCGAGAAACCCCUGUGAAGGCGGCCCAGGAGCUGAGAACAUUGGCCAGCUGUGCAGCGGGGUCCAGAGGGGAUGCGGCCUUGCAGGCCCCAGCUGGUGCGCCUUCCACCUUACACUCCAGCAAGCAGGAGCCGGCAGCCGAGGGGCAGGAGAAACGCUUGGACAUCCUCAGUAUCUUUAAGACGUACAUUCCAAAGGACUUCGCCACACUCUACCAGGGCUGGGGUGUCAGCAGCCCUGGGCCUGAGCACAGAGGGAUAUCACUAACAGGGACACCACGGACACAGGCCCGCCAGGGAGACUUUGUCUGUGUGGAGUGCGGCAAGAGUUUCCUUCAGCCCAGCCAACUCAGGGCCCAUCUUCGGGCACACACAGUGGUGUUUGAGUGUGACGGUCCACGAGAUUCUGAAGUUCACACAGCCUCCACGGAUGCCCCUAAACAAGGGAGAGACCAUACUACCCCAGGGACUGUGCCGGCAGGGCCCCUCCGGAAGGGGACCUAGAGACACGCCUCCAGCGCCCGGCCCCAUGAUAGAGUUGACUGUGGCCUCACGGGUGACUGGAAGGCUCCCAGCAGUCACCAUGGCCACUUUGGGGAAGAAGAUCCAGGGUCUGCUGACCUUAGACCUGGGAGCUGUUGCGCUAGAGAGACCCAGGGAGAUGCCUCCCUUGGUAACGAUUAGGGACAGCGAAGAUGCUAUGCCUAGAAUUCUGUGUAGCUCUCUCACAUACGUGUAUGUGCUCAUCAACCAUGGCCUGUGUUUCCUCAUAAUAAGCAGUGGUAUUGGCAGGCACAGUAGGAGCUCAAGGAGUCUGUAUUACUCAAGACAGGCAUGAGACACUGGAAAAAAGAUACUGGUGUGUUUGGAUGGACUGAAGGCUGGCACUGUGCGGAGGGAGGUCCAGUGCUUAGGACAGGUGACUGUCAGGGUGUGCGGAGUGCAGGGGUCUGCACUCCUGCCUCUCCCUGCCUCAGUGGGUACUUAAGAUAGCAGGUGAGACAGAGGGGUGUUCAGGUGGUGUUCCCGUGCUGUGGAGAUGAGCUUGGAGAAGCAGGCGGGCGUGCGGGGCGGUGAGGUCCUCACCAUUAGGAGUCUGGCCACGACCCUCUCUGAGCUGCUCUGCCCUGCCAUGCUGCCUUCUCACCGUCUGGGCCACCUUUGGCUCAGGAAGCACUGCAGAGGUGGGAACACAUAGAAAUCUGCUUUGGAGAAGAAGCAUUAGUUGAACACUAAGAGGAGCAGGUGUCUUUUUUAUUCUCAGGACCUUUUUUGUAACAGGGCUACAUUCUGCAAACUGCUCACAGAAGACUCCAUGUCUUAACAGAUUAAGCCACUGAAUCCUCCCAAUUUGGGCCUGUUUUGGUAAUGGCAGAAGAAUCCUUGAGCAGAUUGGGGGCCCUAGAUCAUUAGGGUGCUAGUGCUCUAGAACCUUCUCCCCCCCCCCCCCCCCCCCGCUCCAUCCCAGCAAAUAGAUGUCUUUCCCCUUUGGGCCUGGUGAGCACCACUGGACAAGUGACUUUGUUCACAGAUUAAUGGGGGGCACCAGGCCUGAGGGCGAGGACGGCUUUAUAUACCUCUUCCUUAGUCACGCAAGUUCACGUUUCUGCGGUGGGGUGAAGGCCCGAGCAGAGGCCCUGAACCCACGCGACGUGCGCAGUCGGAACUGUAUGCCGCAGGUAGCAGCGAUUCCUUUCCCUGUUGCUGUGACACUGUGUGUGAUGGCGAUACUUCUGCAAGUUCCAGAUGUUUGCACAUAUGAUUUUAUGCAUUAUCAAAAAUUACCGCUGCCUUGAAUGAAAACGUUCUGUGAAAUUUUUUGCAAAAGCUUUACUAGUUUUUUUUUAUUGUGAAAUUUUGUAAAGGCAGGAAAUGGAUUAAGACGAGCAUGCUAAAUAUAUUUUUCAAAAAAAGCAAUAAUUUUACAUGUACAGAAAUUAUCAUAACCUUUAAUACUGGUGAGAGCGACAGUUUACUUAACCCAGUAAUGGAUCAGUGCGGUUUUUGUAGGAAAUGGGCUUCUGAUACAAAGACUUGUUUAAACACACAUGUAUACAUGAACCCUGGCGUGUGGUUUCUCUGUUCUAAUAAUCUGUUGGAUAUUAUUAUUAUUAUUAUAUUAUUAUUAUUAUUGUUAUUGUUAGCUAAUGUUUGAUUCCAGAUUCUAUUUGUUACUGUUUUAAUUACUUGACUGUUCAGGUGACUGCUGCACUUGCAAGCAAUGCAAUGUUAACUGGCUAGCAGAUACAUAUAUACAUAUAUCUAUCUAUAUGUAUAUAUAUAAUUAUUAUUUUUGACUUACGUUUUCCUGAUAUUCCUACACCAGGUAUGUAUGAGAAUGGCUUGCUGUGUGGAGUGCUUGGGCAUAUCAAUCAUUCUGAGACGUAAAUUGGAGCAGGUUGCAGAGACACAUUCCUCUCUCUGCCCGCCCGCCCGCCCGCCCGAGGCAGCGCCUCUCUAUUGAUGGUGUUUGUUUGUUUUGAUAGGUUCCCCAGCGCUUCUGCACUCUCUGGCUUUUUGUUUCCUUGGCUGAAAGUGAAGGUGAGAGUUAGGAAUGUCAGAGCUUGUGAUUCGGCCCAUCUAUUUCUGUGUUUUAGUUAUUAAACAAUUCUGUACACAAAGGGACACGGAGGUGUCGUCUGCGUUUUUCCUGUGUCUGAAGCCGCACUUGGCAUUGAGAACUGGAAGGUCUGUCUUCUGGUGACUCUCCUUCCCAGGGUCUGGCGGGGAAAGGGGUGCCUGAGGUCCCUGCAGCUGAGCGAGCUCUGCCUGGAGAGAGAGCAGCCAAUCUCAGGAUGACCCGCCCCUCGAAGCACAGAGAUGCAAGGUUCUCCUGUAGCCACAAGGCCAUGAGGUCCCCCAGUGCUCACUCCUGGGACCAGCCCUGUGCCGGCCUGGCUCCUCCUGGGACCAGCUCUGUGCCGGCCUGGUGCAUGGCCUCUUUGUCCCACUGGCCAUCAGUAUUGGACUGGCUUUUUAAUUUGUUUAUGUCAGCUCAACAAUAGUAUUUAAUAUGAUUUGUGUUUCCUUAUUUAUUUAGCCAAUCUGUUUUGAUUUGCCUCCUCCUCCCGGGGUAAUUCCCACAUUCUGACUGUUACAGAUUUCCUACUACCUCUAUGAAUCUUCUGUCUCCUUGUUUCCUGAUGGGGUUUUUACAGUGUUGCGUCUAAUGUAACUUAGACAAUAAAGGGUUUGGUUGUCUACACUGCAGCCGCUCUGUGUGUCCCCUGCCCUCUCCACCUGCGCUCUUCUGACUCCUGCCUCGCUCACUGUCACCAGCUCAGCUCCCACUGUCCCCUGCUUUACUGUGUGACAUGUCUUCUCUUACAUUCUUCCUCAUUUCAAGUACACAUUACACAUAAUGGAGUUUCUCAAGAUAUUUCAUUCUUAAUUCCGAGAAUGAAGGGUUACGUUCACAAAUAGUAAGUAUGUUGUGGACGCUGUCCCCCUGGGGAGUUGCUCACGGCACCUUUCCACACUUCCGCUAGUUCUUGGAAGUCUCUUCAGUCUUAGGUGGAGACAUUUCAGCCUCUCCUGCGUAGUACAAUUUCCAAGUCAAGUGGACUUUGCCUUUUUUGGUUCUGAAAAGUAUUAGAUAUUUUAAGAAGCUUCCCUAAUAAUUGCUUAUUUAUUUUUUUAAGCCCGAAGACACUGGUUUCUGGAAAUAAGGUGUUCCAGGUGGCACAAGGCUACUCCAUAAAACUAAAAGAGCUCUGCUGUCCCAGUGGGCUGUAGGGAUGCCCCUUCCCCUGGGCUGCUGUGUGUACACUGCAGUGUCUCUGUAGCUGGGACUGGAGUCACGCUGCUUUUAUGGCUGCAGGUGAUCAGCCCCAGCUCAGCACCACGGGGCAGGCAGCAGUGAUCUUUUCACCUCCUGGGAACCAGGAGAGUUGACACCUCUCUGGGCGGAUGAGGGUGUCUUCCAGGUCAGACAGUGAAUGCAGUUCCCCAGGAAGGAAACUCACUCUGGACCUGUAGGACAAGACCCUCCCUGCCAGCACCUGAAGACCGUGUUUUGUUGUUUUAAUGUUUAUAAAUCAGGCAAUUUCUAAUUGUAACUUUUAUUCACUGAGGAAAAAAACAACCAUGCCCCACAGACAAGGCCUUCCGGUGACAUGUUUUUGACACUAAUGAUUAAUACACUGCAGAGCCCUGGGACAAGCCUGCGUGGAGUGACCGCCAAGAGACACGUUCCUUCUUCCCGACUCGGCUAAUCAUUCGUUGGUGUGGGAAGCAGAAGCCCAGAGAGUUUGUAUUUCUUUUUAAAAACACAGUUUAUAAUGCUAUAUUUUGUACUCUUUAUAUUAGAAUUUGUAACUAGAUUGAUGUAUUUAACUAUUUCUGAGAAAAAUAAUUCAAUGUUACAGCUGUGUGAUUAAAAAGUAUUUAGAUAAAACAUA